AUGGUGGGACCUACAGGGACUGGAAAAACGCUUUUGGCUAAAUCCAUUGCUCGAUUGUUAGAUGUGCCUUUUGCCAUUGUGGACGCUACGGUACUUACCGAGGCAGGAUAUGUGGGCGAAGAUGUGGAAUCCAUUUUAUCGCGUUUGUUGCAAUCGGCCGAUUAUAAUGUGGACAAAGCUCAAAAAGGCAUCGUAUUUAUCGAUGAAAUUGAUAAAGUGGCUCGAAAAUCGGACAAUCCAUCCAUCACCCGCGAUGUAUCGGGUGAGGGCGUUCAACAAGCCAUGCUUAAAUUAUUGGAGGGCAGUGUGGUGAAUGUUCCACCACAAGGCGGUCGAAAACAUCCCGAUCAAAAAUACAUUCAGAUUGACACCCGGGAUAUUUUAUUCAUUACUGGAGGGGCUUUUGAUGGUUUGGAACGCAUUAUAUCCAACCGAAUCAAUACCAACACCAUU